AUGGCCUAUUGGGUUGAGCCAAAACCUGCCUUCACGGCCCUUGAUUAUGAUGUUGUGGAGCUCUACGCGGGUCGAGCAAGGAUCACAAACAUUGCCCAGAAGGUCGGAUACCGAGCCAUUGCAGCUGACAAAAACUAUGAUGACAACCCUACUCAAUCGGCCCUCGAGCUCAAUGGCAACGCCGGUUUCACGUUGGCCGUGAUGAUGAUUCUUUCAGGCUCCCCUGCUGGAGCUAUAUCCAUGCUGGGCAUAGAGUGCAGUACCUUCGUGAGCAUGAGCAGGGGUUCGACCAAAAGAGACGAGUUGAAUCCAUGGGGCAAUGUGUCGGCUCCUUCGGUCGCAGCCGCGAACAAGGCAACCAGCAGGCAGGAGAAGCAGCAACCGCAGCUCUUCCUUGCAUGUGCACCAGGCUACCCUAAACCCACACAAACCCUUAUAUAA